UUACACCCUCUGCCACUCUCUUCUCCAUCUCCUUCAAAUCUCCUUUCUCUCUCUCUCACUGACCCACCGUUUGGUUGCAGGAUGUUGUAGAGCAAAACCGAAGCUUAAUUCAUGACUUUUCUGUGUUUUUUACUCAAACAUUCCGGUGAUCCGAGAUCUGUCCUCGCUUAAUCGCUGCUGCAGUCGACGUUUUAUGCUGAGAGAUCCGCGGCCUAAGCUCCUCUCGGUGGUCGCGGCUGGCUCGUCGAUCUUCGUCGGUUUUUUUUUUUACUGAGGAUUAAGCGGUUUCUGAGCUGGAGAGAAGCUAGGGUUUUCGAAUUCGGGGGUUAUGGAAUGUGGAUGGAGGAUUAGGGUUUAAAUUAGGCGUUAUCGUGUUGUGUUUAAUUAAUUUUUGGGGAUGAAUCGGAGUUUUAGGGCUCCUGAGAGGGGGCAGAUGGGGAGUCUGAGGUUGAGGGAUAAUAAAGAUGAGGAGUUGGCGUUGUUUCGGGAAAUGCGGAGGCGCGACAAGGAAAGGAACGAUCUUCUUCUUCUGCAGAACUCCGAUGAGUUCGAUGCUCCACUUGGACAAAGGAGUGGUAGUUCGCCAAUAUUUAACAUAAAUUCUGGUACCACUGCGCCACCAGUCCGGAAGAACGUUGCUGACGAGUUUCUCAAUUCGGAGAAUGAUAAAAAUGAUUAUGAUUGGCUUUUAACACCUCCUGGCACCCCACUUUUUCCUUCACUAGAAAUGGAAGGACAAAAAACCGUCAUGAGCCAGCUAGGCACUCCAAAAGCUCGCCCUACUGCUCUUAAGUCUAGACUUGCCAAUGCCCAAUCGGAGCCUGCUGCUAGGGGCAAUUUGUCAUCUAGACAGCAAGUCUCAUCUCCUGGGCUAAAUACUUCAACUGGAGGACUUCGCCGGCCAACUUCUUCCGGUGGUCCUGGGUCAAGACCUGGAACACCAACUGGUCGCCCAACUGUGAGCUCAAUAACCAGAUCCACCUUGACCUCAACGUCAAAUAGGGCUGCAAUGAACACGUCAGUUAGAAUAACCUCCAACACUGCAUCUAAAAUGCCAACUACAACAUCAAAACCUUCAAGAUCUUCUACACCCACUUCUCGCCCCACGUUGUCUUCAGCAAAGCCCACAGGUCCUCCAAGAUCUUCCACCCCGACAGGCAGGUCUACUAUAAGAUCCUCAACACCGACAAGCAGCGUGUCUCUACCAGCAUCUAGGUCGACAUCCAGAGCCUCGACUCCUACUCGCAGACCAACACCAUCCUCUGCUACAAAAACGCCUGCUGUUUCAUCAAAGUCUCCAACGACCUCUUCAGUUUCCAAGCCAGUUUCUACUGCCUCGAAGAAUCCAAUGCAAGCACGGUCCAAUUCUCCUACAGUGAGACCUAGACCGUGGAAGCCUUCAGAGAUGCCUGGAUUUUCUCUUGAUGUUCCACCAAACCUGAGAACGUCUCUGUCCGACAGGCCACCUUCAGCCACUAGAGGUAGACCAGGUGCACCAAGUUCCCGGUCAUCAUCUAUUGAGCCUCCUUCAAAUGGAAGGAUUAGAAGACAAUCCUGUUCUCCUGCAAGAGGCCGACCUCCUAAUGGUAUGAGCCGUAACAGCGGAAGCUCUGUGCCUGUUCCCGCUGCAAGUCGGUUGCAUGCUAAGGCUAAUGACAACGUGAGCCCUGCUCUAGUCGGAACUAAAAUGGUCGAAAGGGUGAUAAAUAUGAGGAAACUAGCUCCCCCCAAGCAAGACGAUAAACACUCUCCCCACAGCAGCUUAUCCGGAAAGUCCUUAUCGCCAGACAGUGCAGGGUUCGGAAGAACACUUUCAAAGAAAUCCUUAGAUAUGGCCAUGAGACAUAUGGAUAUAAGACGGACAAUUCCAGGCAAUCUGCGGCCUCUUAUGACCAACAUCCCUGCAUCCUCGCUGUAUAGUGUGAGAUCGGGACCUAACAGAAGGACAACCAGCAUCUCAGAUUCUCCGCUUGCAACGAGCAGUAACUGCAGCUCCGAAUUGAGUGUCAACAACGGCCUAUGCAUGGAUGGAGGCGAAGCAGAUGAGGAUGUGAGCAGUGACAAGUGCCUCCGUUCUCCACGAAGCUUACGGGGCAGGUGAUGAUGGUACGUAUUUUCUGUUGUAGACACCGAUUUCAACUGAACCACUACUGGCAAGCAAGAGUAACAACUGAAACAUAAUCAGUAGUAUGCCAUUCAACUAUCCUGUAUUAAUCUGUAUCAGCUGUCUUCCAGUUUGUUGUUUGUCGGCUAAUCGAAUGUAACACCUAUUAUUGAAUCUCUAAUUUGUUCAAAGCUAAUUUGGAAAAGUUUCUGUCAA